AUGGAUAGCGAUAGUAAAAAUUAUUCUCGAUUAAUAAGUUUUAACUGCAAAUCUAUUAAGAGGUCAUUCGAAGGCGUUAGGGAAUUAUGUCGCUCAGCCGACGUAAUAGCCUUACAGGAGACCUGGCUUCUGCCACACGAGUUGCCUUUACUGAGCACAAUUGACAGUGAUUUUGGUGCUACGGGAACAUCGGCAAUCAACACCUCAGAUGGCCUACUUACUGGUAGACCGUACGGUGGUGUUGCGUUGUUAUGGAGGAAAAGUGUGUUUCAAACGGUGUCUGUGAUAAAUUGUGAUAAUGUUCGGACAGCGGCGAUUAAAAUAACUGUAAGUAAUAGAUCCGUAGUAAUUUUUAGCGUCUACAUGCCGACAAACUGCAAUGAAAACUUGUUUAUAUUUACAGAAUGCCUUAGUUUAAUAAAAUCUAUUAUUGAAGUGGAAGAGAAUUGUGGUGUGGAGGCAUUUUAUUUACUUGGAGACUUUAAUGCGCAUCCAAAAGAAAUAUUUUAUAAUGAAUUAAUUAAUUUCUGUAAUGAUCACACGUGGUACUGCGCGGACGUUGAUAUGUUAGGGCUUCAGUCUAACACCUAUACGUUUCGUAGUGAUGCACAUGGGUGUGAGAGAUGGUUAGACCACUGUAUAGUCACUCAAUCUGCACGGACGACGAUUAAUAAAGUGUCAGUGAAACAUGACGUAUAUUGGUCGGACCACUCUCCGCUCAUAAUAGAAUGUGACCUAUACAAAUUAAAUCAGAAAGUUGUAAUUGAUGUUCCAAUUGGCGAGUCAAAUAAAUGUAUAAAAUGGGGCGAUAGGCAGUUGGAACAGAUAAAUAAAUAUCAUAAAUUGUGUCAUUCUAAACUAAAGAAUAUCGAAUUUCCGCUAGAGUUAGACCAAUGCUGUGAUUACUCAUGUAGUAAUAAAAGUCAUUACUUAAUAUUAGACAAAUUGUAUAGGGAGAUUGUUAGUAUAUUGUCAGAAUCAGCUUCACAGACCUAUGUUAAAAGAAAAUGUACAAGAAAUAAAGGUUAUGUCACUGGGUGGAAUAAAUACGUUGCUGGCGCGCACAGGGAGGCUAGACUUAAAUUUCAGAUGUGGUUAUUGGCAGGUAAACCAAAAAUCGGCAAUAUUUAUAAUGAAAUGUUAGAAACGCGUAAAAAAUUUAAAUCAAAGUUAAAAUGGUGCCAAAACAGGCAAGAGCAAUUACAAAUGGAUUUACUUGCUUCAAAUCAUUCGGCUAAAAAUUUCAAAAAUUUCUGGAAGAACACCAAUAAAUUGAAUGUAAAACCUACGCUUCCUGUGAGUGUCGGCGGCGUCCACGAUCAUAAGAUGAUUGCCAAUUUAUUCAGCGAGCAUUUUAGUGUUCAGUCGUCCUCGGAUCCAGUUUCUUGUAGUGCGAAUGAUGCUGCGACCAUUGUAACGGAACGUAAGGUGUCCUUCUCAGCAAAGCAUGUAUCGACAGUUAUAAAAAACAUGAAGAGGGGCAAAUCGCCCGGUCACGAUGGUCUCAGCAUUGAACAUUUUAAGUAUGCUGGGGUGCACCUACCGCGCGUACUCGCGAUGUUCUUUAAUUUAUGUCUAUGUCACUCUUACCUACCUGAGGCUUUAAUGCGCACUAUUGUGGUACCGAUCCUUAAAAAUAAGACUGGUGACACUUCUGAUAAAAAUAAUUAUCGGCCUAUCUCACUUGCUACAACAACAGCUAAGUUGCUUGACAGUCUGUUGAAUAGCAAUCUCGAAAAACAUGUGAAGCUGCAUGAUGCCCAGUUCGGGUUUAGAGCCGAAUUAUCUACCGAGAGUGCUAUUCUGAGCUUGAAACAUACAGUAAACUAUUAUACGAAGAGAAGGACUCCAGUAUACGCUUGCUUCCUCGACCUGUCAAAAGCCUUUGAUCGCGUAAUUUAUGACCGCUUAUGGGAGAAGUUGGGGAGUGCGGGUGUGCCGAUGGAGUGCAUCUCCCUCCUCAAAUUUUGGUAUUCAAACCAGAAAAAUCAAGUGAGAUGGGCCGGUACGCUUUCGAAUGAAUAUAGAUUGCAAUGUGGUGUAAGACAGGGAGGGUUAAGCUCGCCUCUAUUGUUUAAUUUGUAUGUCAAUCAGCUUAUUGAGCGACUCAGUAGUACUCAUGUCGGCUGUCAUAUUGACGAUAUCUGCUUCAAUAAUAUAAGCUAUGCUGACGACAUGGUGCUGCUGAGUCCCUCAAUCAAUGCACUGAGGACUUUAUUGUCAAUAUGUGAGACAUAUGCGGAGGCACAUGGGCUUAAAUAUAACGCUAACAAAAGCCAACUUCUUAUAUUCAAAGCAGGCAAACAUCAGCCCUCCCGUGUGCCUCCAGUAGUCCUCGAUGGGGUGCCUCUAAAGCUGGUGGAUAGUUUUAAAUAUUUAGGUCACAUUGUGACAGCAGACCUCCGGGAUGACGAGGACAUAGAAAGGGAGCGCAGGGCGUUGACAGUGAGAGCCAAUAUGCUUGCCCGCAGGUUCACUAGAUGUACAGAUACAGUUAAAAUAACGCUUUUCAAAGCGUUUUGUCAAUCAUUUUACUCUAGUGCCCUGUGGGUGACAUAUACGCGUCGAGCUUACAAUGCUCUGCGCGUACAGUAUAAUAACGCUUUCAGGAUGUUGUUGCGGCUGCCGUGGCAUUGCAGUGCAUCAGGUAUGUUUGCACAAGCGCGUGCUGACACUUUUUCAGCGAUCAUUCGGAAGAAGACAGCCUCACUCUUGCAACGCUUACGAAACAGUAAUAACAGCAUCCUGAGAGCGAUAUCUGUAAGAUAUGACUGUCCCAUACAGAAGCACUGGGUGGGCGUAGUCAUAGGAUUAAAAUAG